UAUUGAAGUCAAUAGGUCACCAAAAGUACGACACAAAUGCAAACUCGUCGUACCUCAAAGUACGACGCAAAUGCAAACUCGUCGUACCUCAAAGUACGACGAAAAUACGAACCAAUCGUAUAAUGAACGUUUGAUAAAUAUUCAAAUGCAAAUGAAAAGAUAUUCUGAUGUGGAUUUAUCAGAAACCUCCGAUUAUUUUAUUCAAUGUAUAGGAGAUGUUCCAACUCGUUGGAAUUCCAGUUAUCUUGCUUGGACAAGACUCAUAAAAAUCAAAGAAUUUAUUUCAUUGUUAGCAAGUUCUAUGGAAUCUGAAUCUGAUUAUGAUACUCGAAAAGAUGGUAAAAGGUUAAAAAAAAUUCUUCUAAGUGACGAAGAGUGGGAGCUUUUGAAGGAAUUAGUUAAAAUCUUAAAACCAUUUGAAGAAGCAACUACAUACCUUGGUGGAAGUUCUUACAUUACAUUCAGUAUGAUGUAUCCAUUAAUACAAGAAAUUAAAACGCGUCUUAAAAAUAACAUCCAAUCAAAUUCCAUAUCUGAUUUUGAGACAUUUAAUUUAGAAGAAUUAGAUGAUGUUUUUAAUGAUGAAUUUAUUGAAGAAAUAGAAGAUGCCGAACAAAAUGAUUUUAAUUUAAACCAGCCAAUGCACACCGAAGGUAUACUGGGUUUAACUAAUAGGGUUUUAUAUAAUGCAAUGAAUUUUUACUGGAACUUUGAAAAUAAAGAGUAUAUGAUUGCUGUUAUGUUAGACCCACGUACAAAACAAUUGACUUUUAUUAGAGAACAGAAUAUAAAAGACGAUUAUAAAUUGAAUUUACAAUUGAAAUAUAAUCAGAUAUCAGCUCAACAAUCAACAAUCACCAAUAUUUCAUCAACAAAUGUAAAUCGAGAUUGCACUUUAGUUGAAACUGAAACACCUACACUUUUUUCAAUUUUUAAUAUGUCACAUCAAAAUCCAUCUUCAGACGAAAUAAGUGAAUAUUUAAAAGAAAAUGAAAUUGAAUUUACCUGUAGUCCUUUCGAUUGGUGGAAUUAUAAAAAAUCUAA